AGUGCAAGGAAACUUAUAAAGUCUUUUUCACUCAAUUUCUUCUCACUUUCAUAUGUUUAUAACUCUUUCUCCCAUUUUGGAUAAAAUAAAUCUAUUUCACUAGAUUUUGUAAGCCAAAAGAAGAAGUUUAAUAGUACAAAUAAUAACUCCAUGGAAGAAGCUCAACAAAAACUCUUGGAUAUCCCAAAUGAAGAAAUAUUUGAGAAAGAAAAUCAUAACAUUGAAUCAAGUGGAUCAACUCAUUGUACCACCAAGCAUAAAUGGUGGUACCAAGUUGCCAUUUUUACCCUUUUAACCCUAAUUGGAGAAGUAAUAACAUCACUAUUGGUUAGUAUUUAUUUUACCAAAGGUGGUAAAAGUAUAUGGUUAAUUUCAUUUGUUCAAAAUUUAGGGUUUCCAACUCUUCUUCCUUUUCUAUUUUAUGCUUCACUUAAUAAUAGUAAUAAUAAUAAUAAUAAUAGUAAUAGCCAAAUUGAGGUAAUUAAAGAUAAUCAAGAACCUCAUAUUUGCAUAAUCUUUUUAGUUUAUGUUGUUCUAGGUGUUUUGCUUGGUGGGGUUAGUGUUUUUGACUCGAUCGGUUUAAAGUACCUUCAGGUCUCGACUUACUCUCUCAUCAACACCAGUCAACUAGGGUUUACAGUUGUCUUCAGUUUCUCUUUCUUCCUCGAUGGACGUAAGCUCAUCACCCCGAGUAUAGUAAACUCUGUGGUUCUCGUAACAGUCGCCUCAGUUAUUCUGGUGCUUCAUAACAAUGAGUCGGGGGAGAAGUCUGGUGGGAAAUUCCUCCUAGGGUUUUUUUCUGCGGUCGGUGGGUCCACCACCUAUUCCUUAGUGCUUUCUCUAACCGAAUUUUCGUAUCGAAAAAUAUUAAAGGGUAGGAAAUUUAUAGAUAUUAUAGAGAUGUCAAUUUAUCAAACCCUAGUUGCAAGUAUAGUGAUUCUACUAGGUCUUUUUAUAAGUGGAGAUUGGAAGAAUUUAAUUAUGGAAAUGGAAAAAUACCAAUUAGGGAAAGUUUAUUAUGCAGUAAUCUUGCUUUUUAUAGCCAUUUCAUGUCAAUUAAAUGUUGUGGCUUCAAUUUGGCUAGUUUUUAAAGUUAAUCCCCUUUUGUCCAAUGUUUUAAACAAUUUAGGGGCUUUAAUUACUCCAAUUUUUGGUGUGAUUUUUCUUAAUGAUAAGAUUAAAGGUUUGAAAUUGGUGGUUAUGUUUUUAGCCAUUUGGGGAUUUGCUUCACAAAUUUAUCAGCAAUAUCUCAAUUAUAUGGAGGAAAAUGAAGAAAUAGAACAAAAUUCUAGAGAUAUUUGUGAAGUUUCUCAUAAUUGAAGAAUUUUUAUAUUUUUUUGGCCUUGUUAUUCUAUUGUAAAUUAAUAUUUUUUUUUUCAACUUUUCAAGAGGUGUACAUAUAAUGUGGUCACUUAUGUAAUAUGUAAAUGUGGUCACUUAUGUAACUAUUCAAAGUUGAAAUAUAAAGUUCUUAUUGGGCCUUCAA